AAAAUAAUUUGAACAGCCAUAUUGCGGAAGUAAUGUUUGUGCGUGUAUUUUAUAAGUCUUUAUUUACAUGGCGAAUUUGGUAAUACAAUAAUAUCAUCAUGCUCUUUUUUAUUUAGAGAGUUUAUACAUUAAUCUUCAAUUGUAGGCUCAAUUAGAUCUAGAUAAUUUUACCCUCUGAAAAUUAGAAAAUGUUGAAACUACUAGAUCAAUUCUUCACUGCAAGUUUUAUGUUCCUUUUGUUUCCAUUGACAAAUGCCCAGACUCAGACUUGUCCUGCUGAUAAUGGAUGGCUAAAGUAUAAUACAAAAUGCUAUAAGUUUGUGGCCUUUCCUCGCUUGGAACAGCAAUCAGCUAGCACAACAUGUCAAACAGAUGGAGCCACUCUUGUGAGUGUUAAUACACAAGACGAACAUAUUUUUAUUGCAUCCUGGCUUCGUUCCAAUGAUCAGAGACGUGACACAUGGCUUACAAGUGGAAUUACUAGCAAUAAAGCAAUCAGAUGGCAAGGUGAUGGCAGUACUAGUACCGCUAUUAACUAUUGGAUUACAGGCAAUAUUCCAAGUGAAGAUGGCUUGAGAGUAGUAUAUAACUAUUCAGGUGCUGAUUAUCUCUGGAGUGCAGGAGUCGAUGGUUCUUUAUAUUCCUUCAUAUGUGAAAUUAGUGUUGAUGAUGUGUUUAGGAUUGUACAAGAACCUAGAGAUUUUGAUUAUGGACUAAAUGUUGACAAUCCUGGCCAGGCACCUAAGGGCCCAACAUUUCUUCUAGAACCACAAGAUACAAUUGUCAUAGGAAGCAAAGCAUCAUCUGUAUAUUUAGACUGUCUAGCUCAAAGUAAUCCUCCUUCAACCUAUGAGUGGUGGAUGAUUAGUAAUGAUAAUAUUAAAAAACCGUUACCUCUAGACACUAGGUACUCUUUUACUACUGGUAUGCUUGAGAUAACCAAUCCAACUAAGGCAGAUGAAAAGACCUAUCAGUGUAAAGCUACUAAUCAAUAUGGAUCCAUAUUAAGUUCUACAGCACAACUCUCCUUUGGUGAAAUUGGUGAAUUCUCUAAUGUCCCACCAGCACCAGUUAAUGGGUUAGAAUAUGAUGGUGCACAGUUGGAAUGCCCAUACAUUUAUGGAAGGCCAGCUAAAAGCUACCAGUGGUAUAAGAAUGAGUUCACAAGCUUUAUAAGGCCAGAUGCACAGACUCACAGUUUUAUAUCAGCUAAUGGAAAACUGUUUUUUUCUGAACUAGCUCCAUCAGACCAAGGAACAUACUUCUGUAUUGUUACAUUGACUAACUUUGGUGUUAGUGGCAAUGCCCUUAGUAUGUCAACAUCAGAGAGCAGAAAUAGUCUUGGGUUUGCACUUAGUGUAAAAUCAGGUGGAGCCAGUCAGUAUCAGCCUGUCAUACAAAAUGAUUUUAUUUUUGUUUAUCCUCCUACACCUACUAGAGGUGGAACUGUUCAGUUAGAAUGUUUUGCAUAUGGAACAGGACCUCUAAGGUAUACCUGGUCACGUGAAAAUAAUAGACCUCUUCCCAAUGGAUACAAACUUUCAAGUAACAACAGAGUUCUCCUGCUGAGCAAUGUGGAGCUUGCUGAUGGUGGAAGAUAUAUUUGUCAAGUAUUUAGCACUACAACAAAUCUGAAAGAUGAAAAGUCUUAUGAUUUAAAGAUUCAAUCCAAGCCUUAUUUUACUUAUCCCUUAACUCAUCAACACAUGGAUGUUGGAAGUAGACUCUCUUGGCACUGUGAGGCUGCUGGUAGACCAACACCCACCUAUGAGUGGUAUAAAAAUGGAGAGCCUUUAAAAAGUUCUCCAGGAAUUACUGUUGAUGUUAAUACUCUCACAAUUGCUGCUGUAGAUGCUAAAAGAGAUAGUGGAAUGUAUCAAUGUGCAGCAAAAAAUAACUAUGGAAUAACUUUUAGCACCGCACAGCUUCGAGUGUUAGAAAUUUCUCCAUCAUUUGAAAAAACUCCAAUGAUUAAAACGCAAGCAGCAGCAUAUGGAGGAAAUGUUACUAUAAUAUGUAACCCUGUCUCUGCACCCUCACCAACUUAUACUUGGUUAAAAGAUAGCAUCAAUUUAAAUCUUGUGCCUGGAGUGUAUACUGAUACGGAUCAUAUGCGAGUAUUAAUGAAUGGUAACCUUAUGAUUCAAGGUAUUCAGCAAGGUGAUCAAGGAAAAUACACCUGUCAAGUAGAAAAUAAAAUAGGAAAGGCAGAGGAUUAUACAACAUUAAAAGUUUUUGAUAAAACCGUGAUAUCAAUUUCACCAAGUGAUCAGCGAGUAGAGGUCAAUUUAACUGCUACUCUGGCGUGCCAGGCAUCACAUUCACCCGAUAUAGAUAUUAUUUACAUCUGGAAAUUCAAUGAUCACAUCAUUGAUUACUUUCUUGAACCAGAGUAUAGACAGGGAGAGGGAAGUCAAAAAGGGUCACUCUACAUAAUAGCCACUCAGUUUAAAAAUGAGGGCAAGUACACAUGUCUUCCAACAACUGGUAUGGAUCAACAAGCUGCAUCUGCUUAUGUCACAGUUAUGGGACCACCUGGUGAACCAGUUGGGGUAUAUGUUCAAACUAAAACUGCACCCAUCAUUGACCCAGCACAAAAUCCAAAUACAACACGCAUCAUAAUGUGGACAGAUGGAUUAGACCGUGGCAGCAUUAUCACCAAUUAUUUUAUUGAAUUCCGCACUGAUUUUGACUUGAGAUGGAGAGUACAUAGUGAUGGCAACAAUAUAAAACAAAGUGACACCAUCGAUCAAUUGUUCCCUGACAAAAGAUAUGCCCGUCUAACAAACUUGAAAGCAGGUGCUAGUAUUCAGUUCAGAGUAAAGGCACGAAAUAGUUUUGGUAUUGGAGAUCCUAGCUUACCCACAGCCUCUACACAAAUUCCUGGAACCAAACCUGUAGCCAUUGUUACAAAUGUUCGCGGUGGUGGAGGUAGUGUUGGUGACCUCACUAUUAUUUGGGAUCCACUACCAAAAGAGGAUCAUAAUGGACCAGACCUGAAUUACAAAGUUUCAUGGAGAUCGUAUGAUGCCAAUACAAAAUCAGAUGUUGCAAAAUGGCAAACUUCCACAGUGUCACACAGUACAGCAUGCCAGUACGUUCCAGACUUUUCAACUGGUUUAAUCUAUGUGUGUAGAUAUGUACAACUUGUUGGUGUUCAACAGUAUUAUAGUCCAUAUGAGGUUAAAAUUCAAGCUAUUAAUUCAUAUGGAGAGGGGCCUUCAUCACCAGGAACAAUAAUAAUGUCUGCUGAGGAAAUGCCAAUAGGAGCACCUGAGAAUGUUUUUGCCAAAGUCUUUAAUGCUACAGCACUUAUGGUCACUUGGAAGCCUGUACCUAAUGACAGAGACAGUGUAAGGGGAAAAAUAAAAGGAUAUAAGAUAAAUUACUGGAAUUACACUAAUGAGGAAGAGGUCAUGGCUAAGCAAAAUAUCAUUGAGCUGAAACCAGGACAAAAUAAUCUGAAUAAAGGUUUAAUAAUUGGAUUGGAACCAGUAACUUGGUAUAAAUUCAAUGUUCAAGUAUACUCUGCUGCUGGUAAUGGACCUAAAAGCUCUACAUAUUCACAACAGACAUUAAAUAGAGUUCCAAGUCAGUAUCCCACAGAAGUGUAUGUAUAUUCAGUGGAAGGAUUUGGUGUUCGUGUCAACUUCAGAGGAAUUAGCACACAAAAGCGUGAGGAACCUCUACUAGGCUACAAGGUACAGUAUUGGAAAGCAUUUGAAAACAUACAUAAUGCUAAGGAAGUGGAUUUUGGAAUGUUGAGCACUGGAGUUAUUCGUAAUUUGAGUUCAAGUCAGUUAUAUGAACUACGAGUUUUUGGUUACAGCAGAGGCGGUCAGGGUAAAAGAAGUUCACCAUCAGUCUAUUUUACAGUUGGAGAUGGCCAGAUUCAAAUAAAUGCAGAAACAACAGAAAUCUUAGGUGGUGUUUCAGGUGUAAAAAGUUCAGGAAUAGUUUUGGUUAUCAUGAUCACAAUCUGGGCAAUAUUUAUUUAAUCACAAACAUCAUUUUGAAUAUUAUAUUCUUUAUAUCUUUAACUAAUAAGGCAGCCUAAACUAAUGUACUAGAUUUCUAAUUCCCUCUUUAGGUACAGCAGAUGUGACUAGUUUAAAAUGAUAAAAACUUUGUACGCCUACACACAUGAUAUUAAUAUAACUACCUAAAAUGUGCUAUUUUUUGUCUAAAAAUUACUCAGUUCAUUUCAUUCCAAUAAAUUUCAUGCAUAAUUAUUUGUAACCAUUAGCUGUAAAUAUUAUUUUUCUAUGCCUCUGAUGAUGUUUCUCUACACAUAUUGUAAAUGUUAAAAAUAUCUUGGGAACAUCUUUUACACUAAAAUGUAAUAUGUAUUGGAUUAGCUUAUCAUUGAGCAUUUUGCGGAAAUUACAUUUUAAAAUAUAUAGGCAAAGUUAUGUUGAUUGUCUUGUUACAAAAUUAUCCAAUGCUUUUUUCUUUAUAUGUAUUCUGUAAAUAUUAUUUUGUAAAUAGGUGUAAUAAACGCUCUCAACUUUUUUCCAUUCCAAAUAAAAACUUUUUUAUAAUAAAUUUAAAA